AGCGUCCGGGAGCACGCGGCCCUGCACCGGGAGUACCACGGCAAAGGGGAGCGCUCGCCUGAGGAGGUGGCCGGCCUGGUGGGCUUCAGGUUGCCUCAGCAGCCGGGAGGGAAGGGUUAA